AAAAGAACGGUCUUCACCACAGUGACCCCGCUCCCUGCAGGAAUCAGCAGGGAGACAGUCAUGGAGACUCUCCAUUCUCCUACGGAGAUGGCAGAUCUCAAUCCCCUUGUUGAAGAGCGGCACCCGAUCAAACCACCAGCAAACGCCAGCCCGGAAGAAUACCAUUGUCUCUGGUACUCGCUCACAGAUCGCGUCUCAUACCUGCCGGGAGGAAUCAUCUCCGGCAAGGUCAGCUAUAACGUUUGCUUCCAUGACCUUGAAAGGGGCCUGCAGACACACUGCUACGCGCCGAUGGGGUUGAAUAUCAAAGGGAAAUGGACGCUGGGGGGCUCACUACCUGGAGAGCCCGUGGCGCCAGUAGAGCUGGGAAUUGGAGCGCCGUUGACAGGGCUGUACCUGCGGGAGGAUGUCGACAUGAAGUGCAAUAUCAUGAUGACGAGUUUCGUCAAGAAGACGCUCAAGAAAGCCCACUUGCAUCUCGUGGAGCGGCUCCUCGUCAAGGCUCAAAUCGCCGAGCGCGCCGUC